AUGUCGAAACAGUUGUUGAGGAAGAGCUUGCGGAAGUUACUGGAUCUUGUGCCUAACGAUGAGGUUGCCAGGCAAUCGAAGGUGGUAACUGAAACGUUGGAACAAUUGGUUCUUCAGAAGAGCAAAGAUUUAGGUCGACCACUGAGCAUCGGAUGUUAUAUGGGGAUGGACUAUCAGGCCGAAGUACAGACUUUAGAUCUUUUGAAAUGGAUGUUUGGUUGUACUGAUACCAUCUCUCGAGUGUUUUUACCUAGAUGUACCACGACAGGUAAUACAGGACAAGUCAGUUUAAGAUCAAAUAGACCUGAUCAUCCACAUUUAGUGUUUUUACAGGUUCCCAGCUGGUCCGAUGUAACAGCUAUGAAACCUGAAGGAAAAUACAAGUUACGUGAACCACCAAUGCCUCAUAUUACCCAAUCAAAAUUAUUAAUGCCACCACAGAUGGAUUUGAUGGUGGUACCAGGGGUUGGUUUUGCUCCUGAUACAGGUGCAAGGAUCGGAUGGGGUGCUGGUUAUUACGAUGAUUUCUUUCAAAGGUAUUUACUACAGCAUGAUCAUUUACCUUAUCUUGUAGGAAUCUGUCUGAAAGAACAAAUUACUCAAAAAAUUCAAUGUGAGCCUCAUGAUCAACAGAUGGAUUGUCUUGUUGUAGGUGAUGGCUCAACAGUACAUUUUUAG